AUGGCCGAAUCUUCACUCAACGGUACUUUUGGUGCAUACCUCAUUGGUGUCAUCGUGUCUGCAUGCUUGUUUGGCGUCACCUGCACUCAAACCUGGUAUUAUUUCACUCGCUACUCUGACGUUACCACCCUCAAAGUGUGGGUGGCCGCUAUAUGGAUUUUGGAAGUUUUGCAUGUAGCAUUCCCUGGCCAUGCCAUUUACUAUUAUGCCAUACUACAUUACGGGGAUCCAGCCGCUCUAGCUCAAGCAAUUUGGACGCUAUGUGUCAACAUCACUGUCACAGGCCUUAUUGGUCUGCUUGUUGACCUAUUUUAUGCCCGACGGAUAUAUUAUUUGUCGAAUCACAACGUGCCCCUAUUGGCUGCCACCGUCGUUCUGCCAGUCUGUCGCUUGGGAACCAGCAUAGGUGCAUAUUCAAGCUACCUAUAUAUGAAAGAUUUUGAAUUGGAAAACUGGCUUUGUCGCCUUUUAGGUAUCACCGUUUAUAGUAUACAACUUAAGGACUUCGUUCGUUUUAAACUCCACAGUAACACUAGUCUCGUCAGGGCUUCAGCGACUAUCCACGUAGUGACAGAUAUACUGGUCGCGGGAUCGCUUUGUUAUUUUCUCCAUAACAAUCGCAAUGGGAUCAAACGUACCGACACGAUGAUUAACAGACUCAUGGUCUACACGGUUCAUACCGGUCUUAUAACAGCGGUUGCGGAUAUCCUUGUCAUUGCCUUUAACAUAGCAUACCCUGGCAAUCUUGUAUUUCUGGCAGUCUAUCAAGUCAUCGCGAACUUGUAUUCAAACUCCUUACUUGCUACGUUGAACGCUCGCAGACCUUCUAAGCCGGUCCAUGAUCACUUUACGACCGAAGCCGACAUGUUGAGUCUCUCUAUUGCAACUUCCAACCCGAACAAGCGUCGUGUUGAUAUUAAUAUGACGUCCACUACUGAUAUCGCGGAAGAUACGGACAUAAACUCUUCCACUAACCCUAGUUCUAAGGUCGGAAGCCUCUGA